AUGCGGCUUAUCCUUUUACCUGUCGCAGCAUCGUUGUGUGCUGCCCUGAUUAUUCCUGAACAAGAAGUUCUAGCCGAACUUUCUGGAUUACUUCACGUCGAUCAAUCCAGUCGAGAUGAGGAAACACAAGUUGAUUCCUGGUGGUCAAAGAUGGCUGAAUUAUCGCAAAGCGGUCAGCAAUCGGCCGCGGAGCUUGCCUUGAGCGUCCUGGGGCUUGAUGUCAGCUUGGAUGGAGGUUUCGAAGCUCCCAGUGGUGAAAAUGAGUAUUACGGCGAUUUUGAUCGUGAUCGUGAAGGUUAUCUCGGUCGACGUCGACGCCGGCCUCACCAUCCCCAUCAUCCUCAUCACCCCCAUCACGGCAAACAUGAAUGUGGUCCAGGGUAUGGCGAAGGACCUGGCUAUGGCGAUGGACCUGGCUUUGGCGAUGGACCUGGCUUUGGCGAUGGACCUGGCUUUGGCGAGGGUCCCGGUUAUGGGGACAGACCAGGAUACGGUGAUGACCCGGGAAAUGGAUGUGGGGAUACUGGCCGUGGUCCUGGCUACGGUGAUGGUCCUGGUGGUGGUCCUCGCGGCGGAAGGCCAGGUAGAGGAUGCGGUGGUGGUUGGCCUGGCGGAGGUGGUGGUAGUAACCCUGGUGGCGAAAAUCCUGGGGGUGGUGGUGGAGGAAGCCCUGGUGGUGGAGGAGGAGGCUCUGGAGGUGGAGGAUAUCCCGGAGGAGGAGGGGUGGGGAGUGGGAAAGGCCCUGGAUACGGCAAUGAUCCAGGAUACGGCCGUGGUCGUGGCAGACCAGGAUAUGGAAGAUGGCCAGACGACAGAGGGUGUCAUGGACGAGGUGGUCAAUAUCACCUAUUCAAUCUUUCACCGAGAUUCUGCACAGAGAAUCACACGAUCUGGGAGUUGAUCAAUGAGAGCAAGAAAACCUCGCAGCUUGCAGAGCUUAUCAAGGGCCACGACGACCUGGUCACCCUACUGAACAGCAGCGGAAGCAACUAUACUCUCUUGGCCCCGACGAACAGGGCUUUGGACUGGUUCCUGCAGCAUGAACAUGAGCCUUCAUACACGAAGGAAUUCCUGCAAUAUCACAUCUUGCCACGGCAACUUAAUCACCAUGAUGCGAGGUAUCAGCAAACGCUGCCCACGCUGCUGACUCAGUCAGACUUGGGCAAGGAUAUGCCGCAGCGACUGGUGGUGAAUAAAGACGAACAUCGAGUGUUACUCAAUGGGGUCAGUGAGAUUAUAGCGGGCAAUAUAGUUGGAAGCAACGGCAUUCUUCAUCAAAUUAACAAACCACUCAUUCCACCUCCAAAUACUAGCACAAUCAUCAAACUCCUGCCGAGACACUUCAGCGCUUUCACUCUCGGCCUUGAAAAGACCGGUCUGAUCCACCAGCUAACCGACGAGACAAGAGCCGGCGGCACAACAUUCGCCCCGACAAACGCAGCCUUUGACCGUUUGGGACAACGCGCAAAUGAGUAUCUCUUCUCUUCUGAUGGCGAAAAAUGCUUGCAGGCCUUGCUGGAGUACCACCUUGUUCCGAACCGCACCUUGUACUCGGACGUGCUGUAUGAUCAGCAUGGACAUGUUCAUGAGUUUAGAUCUGGGGAGCAGGAUUCCGCGGUACAUGUUAAGCUGCCGACGCUUCUGAAGAAGCAGAACUUGAGGAUUGAUGUUGCCUGGCCUGGAUACUCGCUUAUCAUGAGGGUGAACGGGGUUGGCCGGGUCAUCGUUCAUGAUGUUUUGGCGCGAGAUGGUGUCGUGCAUAUUGUGGAUCAGGUGCUGAUGCCGUCUCGGAAAAUCAAAGGGAAAGGUAAUGAGGGAGUGAUUGCGAUGUCGAUGUUGCAGGAAAGUCUCGACGAGUGCAAGGGAAUGCCACGAGAGGAACUGUGA